UUUCUUUUUCCAAGGCAGCAAGUUAAAAGAUUAUUUACCUCCCUUGGUUACAAGAAGAGGAAAUACUUUUUUCAAGACUCAGGGUAGCUGCAACCAGUUCUCCCACAAAAAUUAUUAACCAUCAAGAUUCAGAGCACAGAGCCCUGAAGCCUUUCCUGCACGCUUCCCUGCAGCUGCGCAGCAUAGGCACCUUCUGAAAGACAGAUUAAUGGUGAAGUCUCUACAGACAGGAGUUUGGAGUCAGAAUGCCUGGAACUGAACCCCAACUCUGCAACUGACAGUAGAGGCUCUUUUGAAAGAUCUCCAACGAACUAACUCACCAGCUUAACCAGUGCGCCCAACAGCCUGGCUGAUGUCCAGUUGCACCUAUUGAAUAUCUGGGGUGGCAGUGUCAUUUCAAAAGCCAGACAAAAGCCAAAAGUGGAGGCUGGGAAAAGAGUGUACCACGAAGCCGCUCUGAAAACCACCCUCCAUUUCAUUCUGAAGCGGAAAGGUUACUCCCAGACAUCACAAUAGCUCCUCUCCUGACAGUAAAUUAACUGCAACCAACAGAGCCAUACAGAUUUGACAAGUCAGGACUCCUAAGUUCUGGGUGGAGCAUCAAAACAACUGGUAUAUAUCCUCAUUCUCCACUUGGCAAGACCAUGGAAGAUCUAGAGGAAAUAUUAUUUGAAGACUUUGAGAACUACUCCUACGCCAUGGAAUAUUACUCCCCAGAGUCUGAUUUGGAGGAGCAGGUCCACCCAGGAGUCAUUCACUGGGUCUCCCUGGUGUCGUACUGUCUAGCAUUUGUUCUGGGAGUCCCAGGAAAUGCCAUUGUCAUUUGGUUCACAGGGUUCAAGUGGAAGAAGACAGUCACCACUCUCUGGUUCCUUAAUCUGGCUGUUGCAGAUUUCAUUUUUCUUCUCUUCCUGCCCCUGUACAUCUCCUAUGUGGCCAUGAAUUUCCACUGGCCCUUUGGCAUCUGGCUGUGCAAGGCCAAUUCCUUCAUUGCCCAGCUGAACAUGUUUGCCAGUGUUUUUUUUCUGACAGUAAUCAGCCUAGACCGUUAUAUCCAUUUACUCCACCCUGUCUUAUCUCAUCAGCACCGAACCCUGAGGAACUCCAAGAUUGUUGUUGUAUUUGUCUGGCUUUUGGCUUCUCUGAUGGGUGGUCCUGCCCUCUACUUCCGGAACACUGUGGAGUUCAAUAACCACACUCUCUGCUAUAACAAUUUCCAUGAGCAUGAUCCUGACCUCACUCUGAUGCGGCACCAUGUUCUGACCUGGGUGAAGUUUAUUUUGGGGUACCUCUUUCCCUUGCUGACAAUGAGCAUUUGCUACUUGUGUCUCUUCUUCAAGGUGAAGAGGCGAAGCAUCCUGGUCUCCAGUAAGCAUUUCUGGACCAUCCUGGCUGUGGUUAUGGCCUUUUUGAUCUGCUGGACUCCUUAUCACCUGUUUAACAUUUGGGAGCUCACGAUUCACAGCAAUAGCUAUUUCCAGCAGGUGCUGCAGGCCGGAAUCCCCCUCUCCACUGGCUUGGCAUUCCUUAAUAGUUGCUUGAACCCCAUCCUUUAUGUCCUCAUUAGUAAGAAGUUCCAAGCACGCUUUCGGGCUUCAGUUGCAGAAAUACUCAAGCACACGCUGUGGGAAGUCAGCUGUUCUGGCACAGUGAGCGAGCAGCUCAGGAACUCUGAAACCAAGAGCGUGUGUCUCCUGGAAAUAGUCCAGUGAAUUCUUCUUAUUCCACAAAUCAGUGUAAGGCUUGUGUGUGGGUCCCCUAACAAGGCGCUUUCCAAUUAUUUAGUGCAAAGAUACAGAGCUGACCUUAUCUUGUUGUUUUGGUCAAUUUAUUGGCAUCACACUUUUGUGUGGACACAAAACUUAGGACAGAUCUUACCUUUGUUCCCCUGCAACUUAAAUUAUCUAUAUUAUUCUUGCUAUACCAUAGUGGGAUUGAUCACCACUAUUGAGAUAUGAGUUACUGUAUUUUUCAACUAAGUAACUUUUAAGUGUUCGAUCUUAAGUAUAUGAUUAACUAAUUCCAAAAAUGUUAAAAUGUGUUUGUUUAAGCUCACUUUAAUUUUGCACAAGUAACCUAUUUGACAUUCUUAAAAUGCAGCAUGUGUCCUUAAUUUCAUGUAAUCUGUGUAUAUACAUUUAUGAAUUAAAGUAAUAGUUGGUUAUAGUAGUUUAAAGCAUUGUUCCAGUUAACUAUUAAUGCUUAGUAAACAGCCCCCAAAUCUAAUUGCUUAGAUUUUAUUAUAUCUCACAAUUCUGAGAAUCAGGAACUCAAAAAAGGGACAGAAGGGAAGUUCAUUCUGCUUCACAGUGUCUUGAGUCGCAGCUGACCUGGGAUGAGCCAAAUGGCUGAGGUUGGAGUGGGUAGGGGUUGCCUGAGCAGCCGCUCUCUCCUCUUCCCUCUUCUUCCCUUUCCCCUUCCCCCAACCUCCCCCUUCUCUUCUCCUCUUUCUUCACACAGCUAUCCAGCAUGACACCUCAGCAUAGCCAGACACUCCUUAUAUGGCGACUUAGUGCUUCAAGAGAUCAAGGUGGAAAUUUCAUGUUCUCUUAAAGGCUAUGCCCAACAUUGACACAGUAUCACUUCGUAGUAUUUAUUGGCCAAAGCAUCACAGACCAGCUCAGAUUAAAGGAGAGGGGACAUAGACCCCACCUCUCAAUGGAGAUGUGCUCUCAUCUUUAAUCCUCAUGAUAUCAUUAGAAAAAUAAACGUUUUUGGAAAGUU